UCGGCCCUCGUGCGCUCGGUGCCUGACAGGCGCUCACGAGAAGGGGGCGGAGGCUUGCGCGCGCCUGGGAAAAUGUUGCGCAGGUUCUAAAAUGGAACGUUGGAGGCGGCGUGAUUGAGCGCGCGAGGGGGGUGUGCGUGCGUGUGUAAGUGAGAGUAAGUCCAAGCGAGCGUUGCAAUAACAGCAGCAGCAGCAGCAAAAAUAAAAAAUAAAAAAAGGCGCUCAAGACUCCGCGGCACGUAGACGGACCCCGCACUGAAUCUGGGAACAGCCGCCUCCUCAUUUCUCCCUGUAUGGAGCUUUCCGCUAUCGGGGAGCAGGUGUUUGCGGUGGAGAGCAUCAGGAAGAAGCGCAUAAGGAAGGGUAAAGUGGAAUACCUGGUGAAAUGGAAAGGAUGGCCUCCCAAAUACAGCACGUGGGAGCCAGAGGAUCACAUUCUUGACCCUCGCCUGGUGAUGGCUUAUGAAGAGAAGGAAGAACGAGAGCGUGCCUCCGGUUACAGGAAGAGAGGCCCCAAACCGAAGGGCCUUUUGCUGCAGAGGCUGUAUAGUAUGGACUUGAGGAGAAACAACUUGACAGGGACCAAGGGAGGGCAGGCAGAGCUGUCUGAGAAGAGUGGUGGAGGAGGGGUGCUGCCUUUCCCUCUUCGGAAGCAGAACAAGAACCAGAAGUACUUGCGCCUCUCAAGGAAGAAGUUCAACCGCAUGUCAAGCCUGGAGAACCGAAAUCGCCGCCGGGAGUUUUUCCUGAAGGAACCGAUAGCACUGGAGGACAGGCAGACCCCCAAUGACUGGGAUGAGGCCACACAACCUGCCAGCAAAGAGGUGGGCUCAGAUACAGCAGAAGGCUCCCUUUCAUGGAGCCCAGCCCUGCCCCCAAACGAAGUAACAGUGACGGACAUCACAGCAAACUCCAUUACCGUGACUUUCAGAGAAGCACAAAUGGCAGAGGGCUUCUUCCGAGACCGGAGCAUCCAGUUCUAAAACUCCAUUUUUAUUUUGUGUUUUUCUCUUUUUUUCAUGUUUGGGGAUUUUCCCCACCUCCUGUGUUCCUAAUUUUUUUCCCCUUAUGGCAGGUGAUUUAAGUAUAUUCUGUAACAAAAUCCAAAAAUUUUCCUUCACAGAUGUUUACAGAGGAUUUUGAUUUUGACUGUUGAUGCCUCGCUGACUUAAUUUUCUCCCCCUGCUCCUCUUUCAAGUACGCAAAAAUCACAACAAAAAAAAGGCAGUGUGGGGGUGCCUGUAUGUGUUUUUUUUUUCUCAUUUGUUACUAUAGAUAUAUAUAGAGAGAAUAUAUAGAUAUAUUACUUGUCUGUUACUGCUUUGUGCAUUUUGGAAACUGAAGCUCUUUUCACUGGCAAAGAUGUUUAUUUGCUGUGCUCUGUAGAAGAAUGUCCACUCCUUAUACCGAUAAUAGUGAACUGGUAAUUGAAAUGAGAAGUUGCAAGUCCAGAAAUAGGAAAGAGGCCAAAUGUCCUUGCAUUCUUCCAUGUUUCAUAGUAUAUUUUUCUUUGUCAAGCUGCUUCCCUAGUCAGUUCCCUUCCCAGAGGUAUUAGUGGACCCUUCUGCUUCAGCAAGGGGUCCUUGUUUGAUGCUUCCUCCCUUAUCCGUACUGUACUCAGUGUGGUCUUCAGGUGUUUUACAGUGCUUCCGUAAAUGCUGCAGUUUGGAAGAUUACACAUAGAUACCCUGGUCUGCUUGUUUGUGCGCUCUAUGGGAGCACCUACAUUGGUGCUUUCCUCACUCAUGGUUUCCAUUCAACAGGAAUGCAAAAAGUCGUACCACACCAACUAGGUGUAUCUAUGUUGCCCUUGCCUGUCCUGUGUGUGUAGACCAGCAUUUUCUAACUCUUCUUAGGAAAUUAUGUCUUCUUGGAAGAUUAACAGGAGUCAUUCAGUGUUUACCACUACCCGUUUGUCCCUACAAUGCACAAGCUAAUGAGUUUGUUCUGAAAUGUCUAGUGCUCAUAUUUGGCUUGCGUAGAGCUAUAGUGAGGCUCAGCAGGACUGGCCGUUGACCCUCCCUGAGUUUAUAGUUUGCUGUAUAAAUUUGCCACACCCAGGAAUUCUAUGGCAGACAUGCAGUAUCUGAUAACUGGAUGUGGAAAGGGUUCUCUGCGAGCAUAAAGUUUGGAAUUCACUUGCGGAGGCUGUCAAUUUAGUAAUGUUUAUCGGUAUGCAGGAUGGUAGAGGAACCUCAAGGCCAUGUGGAUUGUGGGCAUUGGAUAUGCAUUAGAAAAUUGUAUAGUGCAUACCUGAAAACCAGCUGGCAUACAUGGUACCUAAAGAAAAGUGGAUACGAUUUCCACCAGCUAGCUAACGGAGUAAUGAUGUCUGAAUACUGUGCCACUACUGUUAGCAGCUAAUGAAUGGUAGCUUUACAUAUCUUUCACCUAUUGUCUUUGGAUUCAUAAGCCUUGACUAAAGAUAAAGUUGCUCUGCAAGUGUAAUCUUGUGUGUGUAAAUAAUUGGAAGAUUUUUGUGCUAAGGUGGCUGCUUCUUCAACCAGUUAUGCUUGAACAUAUCUUCCUGUUGUUAUUGUGAUGGUGUUAAGGUGUGCGUACAACUGAGAAGUUCUUGAAAAUGACCUUUGCCAGGAAUCUCUCCUUUAAAAAAACAAGGCAGGCUCAGGGUGAAUAAGAAACAGUGCAUGUUCAAGCUUCCGGGAACUUUGCUGUUGGAUUUUAUUUGGGCAGGGGAUAUUGUUCUCUUUUCCAUGAAGUUUGUUUCAGUAUAUCUUUGAGAGUCACAGCUCCUUUUUAUGGGAUGAAACAGGGGAGGUAGGAUUGAGAGACUUUUUGUGGGGGCAGAAGAGCUGUUGGCUGAGAGCAUAAACAUGGACCAUGGGCUGAAAUGGAUAUUGGCCAAUUCAUCCUCUCUGGUCAAGUAAGGAGUCUGAAGUAUUGACAGAAGUGGGAUGCGAUUAUGAGAGACUUGUGAAUUUUUGCUUUGAAGUGACCCGUGAAGGAGUAUGCUUUCAUUGAUGAUAUUCUGCUAGUUGUUAUUCAUAACCCUUGGAUACUCUUUUCUGUGAAGGUCCCAAGCGAUGGUGUCUUUUCUGUGAAGGUCCCAAAAUCUUUGCCAGGGAGAAGCUGCUUGUAGUUCCACAGAGCCUUGUCUUGCACUUUAAUGCCUUGAGACUUGUGCUGGACUUUUUUGUGGGUUUUUCUUUUUUUAAAGGAAUUGUUGUAUCUUCAAACUGUAUAGUUAUGUUCCUGUGUAUUUGUGCUUCUUUUUAAAUGGACUUAAACAAUCCAAAACUCCAGAAAAUGUAUCUUCUUAUGGAAAUAGCAGGCAAGAGUCUAGGAACAAGGGCUGCAAUCCUAACCAUAUGUACCUGGGGGUAAAUCCCACUAGAAUUAAUGGGAUUUGCUUCUGAGUAAAAAUGUUUAGGAAUGAAGUAUGAAACCGAUGGAGCAUUUGAUGCUGGGAUGCAUCUUUGACUUCUUCCACUCGUUUUACUGACCUCAGCCUUCUUGCCAACAAAAGCUAAACUCCCCCCACCCCAAGUGUAUGUUUUCUGAAACUCUGUUCUUCUGGAGCUUUCUAAAAGUGGAGCUUAAUGUUCUGUGGAGAUUCUAAGUCUAAUCUGCUUGUACAGCCUUUUUUUUUUUGCUGCAAAAUUUGGCUGCAGAUUGGGUUAAACAAUCCAGUAUUUAAUACAGCAAAUUUGGAGAGAGCAUAUGGCUCUUGAAGAGCAACUGUUCUGCUGUAUAUUGUCUCCUGCCCUGGAGCUCUGAAAGGGAGAACUGGCUUUGCCAAGUCAGAAGACGUAAAUCUUAGUAUUUGCAGCUCGUUUUCACUAAAGGUGGUUUGAUUUCUUGUGUUAUGGGUAGGAGAGAAGAGGGUUUCUAGGAUUCCUUGAAAUCUUUUCUGAUGGAUUCUGAUAUAUCUCCAAGAGGUUGCAUGAUGUCCUGGUUAUCUGGAUUCCUCACUAUAAAUGUUCUCUUUCUUGCACAAGGUUAGCAAUGCAAGAAGUUGGCCCAGUGCUGAGAUUGUUCUUCAGUGGUGCAGAGCACUUUCUUUAUGUGCAGAAGGUCCUGGGUUCUGUUUUGCGAAAGCUCCAGUGAAAGGAUCUUGGGUAGCAGGUGCUGGGAAAGACCUUUUCUGUGCGGGAGACCUUGGAGAGCAGCUGCCCUGCCAGUCAAAGCAGAUCAUGACCUGCUAGAGGGACUAAUGGUUUGACAUUGAAUAAGGUAGCUUUACGUGUUCAAGUUCGCCAGAUAUAGGAACAAGAACCGGCUUUCCUUUUAAACAAAUAGAAGAGGGACAUAGCAAACUUUAAACUUUAAAUUUGAACACACACACACACCCCAAUUGGAUUGUUUAUUAGGUUCUGACCCUGACCCCCCCCCCUUCCCCCGAUGCUAGAGCCGCAAAAUUCCCUGUGUUUCAUUGGCGGGUGUUUUUCCCACUCUGCAGACCUCUUCUACAGAGUGUUCUUCUGCAGGCCUUUAUGCCUUUGUAGGUUCACUUGCUGUCAGUUGUGGGUGUUGGGUAUGUUUAUGACAUCAGGACGCUUCUCUGAAAUGAAUGUCAGAUUCCUGUUCAAGUGAGGCAUGUUGUCAAGGGCAGACCAUCUGUGAAGGAUUGUUGACUCAGAGGCUGACGGGCAGCACCUUAUUCUGAAGCAGUUAGUAGGUGACAAUGCUGGAAAUGCUUCUCUGGGUCACGGUCGUUCCUGCUGUUAAAGACAUCGUUACAGGGGCCAACUGAAUAGGAAGCCAGUUCAGAGUGAAGAGUCUGAUUCACAAAGAUCUCAUGCCACAGCAGUAUAGCAUAAGGUGCCACAUAUAUGGUAAACCCCCUCCCCCUUUACUAUAAAUGUCCACAGGGAAUGAAAACCUCGCUGUGGCUAGGAUUUCUAAUAUACUCUGUUGUAGGAAGGGAAUAGACUUGUUUUCCUAGAUCUUUCUGUCUGGCACACAGCAGAGAACUUGUGAAAGGAAACGUGCUUUAUGUUGUCACCUGAUAUCAGACGUGGUUCUGGUUCUUCUAAAGGCCAUGGCUACAUUACAGAUGUAUGUCAUUUUUACUGUAAUUUAACUUUUCUGGGUAGCUUUCCCAAGAAUCCUGGGAGGAAAUAGUUUAAUGAGUGCCCUGAGAAUUCUGUGAUCUUGCAGUGCGGGGAUGACUGGUAAAGCUGUCUAAAUCGGGUAUGUACAUUUGAACUAAUUCUAUUCCCAUUUCUAUAUAUCUGCAUAGAGGAGGAAACCCUGGCAGUUAAUAUAGUAGAAACGGCUUCUCUUUUUUUUUAGUUUUAAACUUUCAGAACUGUUUCUGGUUACUAAGAUCUGUCCUUAUGUGAAACUAUUUCCAGCCAUGUAUUUUUCUGUGUAUCACUACAGGGCCGACACCUACUACCAACUGAUUAGAAGUGUAUAAAUGUGUGUGAGGCUGGGCUUUUAGGAAUAAGAGGAAGCAAUUUGGUAGGAAGAACAGCACAUAACACUGUCUGCCUUGCUUGAAACUCGGGCUGUGAUGCACACAUGGCAGUGUGUCCUGCUGAAAUGUAAAAAACUUCCCUCCAGUUGAACACUUAGGAAUUGGUCUGAGUGUUUUGUUCAUUUGCUUUUUAAGUUUGAAAUGUCCUCUUCUUAAGACCUUUUAUGAUACAGGUCUGUGUUUCUGCAGUUGUGUAUUGUUAGUAAAAAUACGUGCUGUACAGAACCUCUUUUUCUCUCCCUUUCAAAGGUGGUCAGGAAUAUGAUACUGAAACUGGAGUAUAGCUACCAGCUCUGUUUCUGGUGUAAUGUAUAGUUUCAAAGUAGAGUGUGGUUAGAGUUUAAUACCGAUGAAGGAGUUUCUGGCACUCUUUAUUCCCCUUGAUGGGAUUAGUUCAAUAACUCAACACUAAUAACAGUGCUAAUAUCAAAAUAGUAUCAGCAGAAGAACAGGCCCAUCAGCUAAAAUCUUGUGUAUAUGAGCACAUAUAUACAACUGAGAGGUCAUCUAGGCUGCAGUACAUUGUAACAAUACCCAGUUAAAUGGAGUAGUUACCAGUUACCACCACUGAUAUUGUGGAUGGAUGUAGUCCAAUGGCAAUAGGAAUAGCAUGCAGUUACUCAGAGGUAGGCUGGGGGAUUGCAGAGUGCAAAUGGGUCCAAGAAAGCACUUUCCAGAGCAAUGCAACGAUGCUACACUUAAAAAGAUUUUACUUAGGUGAACAGCACCUACAGCAUCCUUAUUAUUCUAGUAUGUGGUCUUCUGCCAAAGGUUUGAGAUCCUCAGGUGGGUCAUCGGCCCCUAUAGAGCAGCCUCUUUUUUUAUGCUGCUUUCCAGAAGGACCAGCUGCUGAUGCACAUGUAUAGAGAAGCAAAAGUGCCAAUGCCUGUUGGCAUGCACACUAGAAGGAUGGCAAAGCAAGAUCCCUUUGUGGUGAAGAGGAUUCCUUUUAACACAGGCAGGUUCAGAUUAGGGUUGUCAGCAACCUGGAGAGAAAAAAUGUCCUACUCCUUCAAUAAAAGCUAAAUGGGAUGUUAUCCUCCUCCCUGCCAUAAAAAGCUUCUCCUGCACAUUUCUGUACACAUUCAGGAUGUUUUUUGCUCCAGGUUGUUGGCAAAACUGGUUGAGAUUCUCCACCCCCCAGCUCUCUUGCUUUCUCUCCGUUUCCUGGGGCCCAGCCACCCCUGCUGCCAUCACUUGGUGCGCACCUGGUGGAGCUCUCCUCUCCACCAGUGAGGUCACAGCUCUGACACCACCUCAUCCUGUCAUGUGACUCUGUUGCAGGACUUUCUGUGACAUGCUUGCCAUUUGAUGGGCUCCAUGCUGCUGCAUGGUGGUUAAAGGAGAGUCCUGUGUUUGGAAAAGUUGAAGACCACUGCCCUAGAAGAACGCUUCUCUGUGUUAAAGCUAUUGGCAGUUAUAGUUUCUCCACCACCCCCUUCUUUUGGUAAGGUACUUGUACCUUUUAAUAACUUUACAAAGUUUGAGUCUCGUGGCAUCUUUGAGGCCAAGAAAGUUUUAUUCAGGGUAUAAGC